GUUGGGUAUGGAGGAUAAGACUCUGGAGCGCUCUCUGGCCAGGGCGGGCUGUGAAGUGCACUGUUUUGACCCCAGCCUUAGGCAGGCCCACCUACAGGAGUCAGACAUGUGGCUCCACCGUCUCUCCGUAGACUGGAGGGACCCGAACCCAGCCAUCCCCAACCAGCGACAGCACAGCAACACCAAGAAACUGGCCACCAUUCUCAAUGACUUUGGACACAGACAGGUCAGAGGGCACAGAGAGAGGAGAAUGAGUUUAUGGGUAAAGGGAGAUGACAAAUGGGCCAAUGUGGCCUGAGUAAAAAAUAAUGAAUAACUAAUGUGUGGGAUUAUACCCAGAGAGUACACAGAGCCCUUAGUAUUUAUUUGGACAGUGAAGCAUUUUCUCUUCUUUUGGCUCUAUACUUUGGAUUUGAAAUCAAACAAUGACUAUAAGGUUAAAGUGCAGACUGUCAGAUUUGAUUUGAGUGUAUUUUCAUCCAUAUCGGGUGAACCGUUGAGAAAUUACAGCCCUUUUUGUGCUCCCAUUUUAGGGGAGCAAAAGUAUUGGGACAAAUUCACUUAUAUGUCCAUUAAAGUAGUAAAAAGUUAAGUAUUUGUUCCCAUAUUCAUAGCAUGCAAUGACUACGUCAAGCUUGUGGCUCUACACAUUUGUUGGAUGCAUUUGCUGUUUGUGUUGGUUGUGUUUCAGAUUAUUUUGUGCCCAAUAGAAAUCAAUGGUAAAUAAUGUAUUGCAUGUCUUGGGGGAAUGAUAUUUGUGCGUCUGUAACUUUCUCACUCAUUAUUAUUCACGAUUCAUUCAGGAUUAUCCGUAAUCAUGGUAGCAUCCACAUUCAUGUAGAAGUGUUUAGAAACAUAUUAUAUUCUUAUUUACAAUAAAAGUGACUCCAAAAUGACACAAUACAUUAUUUACCAUUCAUUUCUAUUGGGAACAAAUUAAUCUGAAACACAACCAAAACAAACAGCAAAUAAAUCCAACACAUUUGUAGAGUCACAAGCUUGAUGUAGUCAUUGCGUGCUAUCAAUAUGGGACUAAAUUCUUAACUUCUGUCUACUUUAAUGGACAUAUAAGUGAAUUUGUCCCAAUUGUUUGUUAUAGAGCCAAAAGAAGAAAAAAUGCUUCACUGUCCCAAUAGCUACUGAGGCAUUCGAAAAGUAUUCAGACCCCUUGACUUUUUCCACAUUUUGUUACGUUACAGCCUUAUUAUAAAAUUGAUUAAAUUGUUUUUUCCCCUCAUCAAUCUACACACAAUACCCCCUAAUUACAAAGCAAAAACAGGUCUAUAUAAUUUUUCGCUAAUUUAUUCAAAAUAAAAAACACAUUUACAUAAAUAUUCAGACCCUUUACUCAGUACUUUGUUGACGAACCUUUGGCAGUGAUUACAGCAUCGAGUCUUCUUGGGUAUGACGCUACAAGCUUGGCACACCUGUAUUUGGGGAGUUUCUCCAAUCCUUCUCAAGCUCUGUCAGGUUGGAUGGGGAGCGUUGCUGCACAGCUAUUUUCAGGUCUCUCUAGAGAUGUUUGAUCGGGUUCAAGUCUGGGCUCUGGCUGGGCCACUCAAGGACAUUUAGAGACUUGUCCCGAAGCGACUCCUGCGUUGUCUUGGCUGUGUGCUUAGGGUUGUUGUCCUGUUGGAAAGUGAACCUUCGCCCCAGUCUGAGGUCCUUAGCGCUCUGGAGCAGGUUUUCAUCAAGGAUCUCUCUGUACUUUGCUCCGUUCAUUACAUUUACAUUUUAGUCAUUUAGCAGAAGCUCUUAUCCAAAGCGACUUACAGUUAUACAUUAUUAUGUUGUUGUUUUUUAACUGGCCCCCAGUGGGAAUCGAACCCACAACCCUGGCGUUGCAAACGCCAUGCUCUACCAACUGAGCUACAUCCCUGCCGGCCAUUCCCUCCCCUACACUGGACCAAUUGUGCGCCAACUCAUGGGUCUCCCGGUCGCGGCCGGCUACGACAGAGCCUGGAUUCGAACCAGGAUCUCUAGUGGCACAGCCUUAGACCACUGCGCCACUCGGGAGGUUCAUCUUUGUUUCAAUCCUGACUAGUCUCCCAGUCCCUGCCGCGGAAAAACAUCCCCACAGCAUGGUGCUGCCACCACCAUGCUUCACCGUAGGGAUGGUGCCAGGUUUCCUCCAGACAUGAUGCUUGGCAUUCAGGCCAAAGAGUUUAAUCUUGGUUUCAUCAGACCAGAGAAUCUUAUUUCUCAUUGUCUGAGAGUCUUUAGGUGCCUUUUGGCAAACUCCAAGCGGGCUGUCAUGUGCCUUUUACUGAGGAGUGACUUCCGUCUGGCCACUCUACCAUAAAGGCAAGAUUGGUGUAGUGCUGCAGAGAUGGUUGUCCUUCUGGAAGGUUCUCCCAUCUCCACAGAGGAACUCUAGAGCUCUGUCAGAGUGACCAUCGGGUUCUUGGUCACCUCCCUGACCAAGGCCCUUCUCCCCCGAUUGCUCAGUUUGGCCUGGCGGCCAGCUCUAGGAAGAGUCUUGGGGAUUCCAAAGGCCACUGUGUUCUUGGGGACCUUCAAUGCUGCAGAAAUGUUUUGGUACCCUUCCCCAGAUCUGUGCCGAGUCACAAUCCUGUCUCGGAGCUCUAUGGACAAUUCCUUCGACCUCAUGGCUUGGUUUUUGCUCUGACAUGCACUGUCAACUGUGGGACCUUAUAUAGACAGGUGUGUGCCUUUCCAAAUCAUGUCCAAUCAAUUGAAUUUAACACACAGGGGGACUCCAAUGAAGUUGUAGAAACAUCUCAAGGAUGAUCAAUGGAAACAGGAUGCACCUGAGCUCAAUUUCGAGUCUUAUAUUUAAUACAUUUGCAAAACUUUCUAAAAAAGCUGUUUUCGCUUUGUCAUUAUGGGUUAUUGUGUGUAGAUUGCUGAGGAUUUUAAAAAAAUAUCCAUUUUAGAAUAAGCCUUUAACGUAACAAAAUGUGGAAAAAUUAAAGGGGUAUGAAUACUUUCCAAAGGCACUGUACAUAAUACAAUGACAACAUACUCCACUACCAGCAUCUAGCACAGUGUACAAUAUACAGUACCUGUCUUUUACGCUAUAUCAUAUACAUGACUACAAUACACACAAUCCAUGCAAUAGUCACUACAAAAGUCACCAUAAAAACAUUAAUUAAUUUAACAAUUAUUUAUUUUCCUCACAUCAACCAGAAAAGGCUAUAAGAAAAUGGAUCUGCUCUCUCCUUAUGAGCUGAGAGGUUGAACUUUAAUAUGGCUUGUUGACUCCUGCAGCUCCACUGCUCAUCAUUCAUUCCUCCAAUGUGUCCUCUUGCGCUGGAGGGCAGAAAACUCACUUAUAGUUAUGGCUUUCCUCCUUUAAACAUUAUCAUUCUGAAUAUUAACUCACUGAAGUCCCCCAGGGCUCUGUGUUCUGCCUCAUCAGAUAUGGAUCUGCAUACAAGAUCAACGACAUCCACACGCACACGCCCACACACGCACAUGCAUGCAUGCUUGCACACCCACAGACAUCCACACACACACAGACACAAACAGCAAGCCAGCGGUGCGUGUGUAGAACGGUGCCCAUCCCAAAACACAGCAAUGGUAUGCAUAGUAUUCGGGAGAGAGCAGAAGAAUUCGGGCGAGAUCCCAGCUAUACGUCCUGUGGAAGGAGUUAGUCUUUGAUGAGUAUUUGAAGACGGUGAUAACUCAAGUUUGUGGAAGUUGCAGUGUAAAGGAGUUUACAGUUGAUGUGAAAUUAGGUUUGGGUUGAUGUUUUAGAGUGAUGGGUGUAAAGUGAGGGGGCAGCAAACACCCCCUUCCUCAUCUUCCUCAUCCCCUAGCAACCAUCUGAAAUUAAUUUACAAUUUGAGAUGUGGGGGUGGGGGGGGUGGGAUUUGGAUUGAUACUCCCACACAGAGAAUCAAUCUACCUCAACAGAAUUAAUCUGACUUAAUAUAUUUGUGCUGCUCUCUUUUUGUGAAUUAUAACCUCUCACUGUAUGUUCCAGAAGGCAAGUUACCUCAGCCUAAUUCAUCACUCUGUUUUUUCUCUCCUUUUUUUCAUGAGCAACAGUAUAAUCAGUGCAAAUUUAAAUCAGGCUCUGGAGCAGAAUGCCAACAAGCCACGCACCGGUGCCGAGCAUUAGCAAGUCCAUGCUUAGAGGCGUCAGCCAUUAAUUCCUCUUUUGGAGCCAGAAACAAAGCUCACUAUACCAUACAAAUUAGUGUGAGGGAAAUAAUUAAGACAUGUGGGUGCAUGUUUGUGUGUGUGUGUGUGUGUGUGUGUGUGUGUGUGUGACAAAUAAAGAACAGACCCCAUCCCUGUACCUGCUUUAGAUGCAAAUGACACACACAUCUCCAUAAUGGGCUUUUUUAAUGUGAGUACACAGCAUGCUAAAGGAACAACUGUUUGCCUUUCUUCUCUCUGGUUUUGUGACAGAAGAAUAGCACGGAGAAACUGAUGAGUCGCUUCUAAAGGUCAAAAUAUGCAUUCGUUUGUGUUCCUUAUCGGUGAUUACACAGCUCAUAAAUGAGUCAAACCCGCUCCAGUCAGCAUCAGAGCCUGUCUCCAUGGGGAUGAACACACCAAUUCAGCAGUCCUUCAGAUCUCAUGCAAAUGUAUUUGCUUUCUCCUAAUGGACAAUAGAACAACAAGCAGAGACACUCUGUCUGACAAUCAGGUCACUUCUCAAUGUCUCACAUCCACACUGUCACAAGAGGGACACACAGCUGUCAACAUGGCUUCCACUGUAUGACUCCUCCACAGUGCAAGCCUUUCCACACCAUGGUUAGGGUUAGUGUUAUCAUGCAGUUGUGGGGGACAGUUGUUUGGGGUAUCCAGUAACUCCAGAGGGGUGAGGAGGUUUGGAAACAGAACAGGCCCUGGACCAGUUGUUAGGGGAGGCUGUGAGAGUCUGAACAGAACCUCUCUCUCACUCCUGAUCCCAUUGAAGUGUAAUUCAAUGUCUGCUCAUUACGAUGGUCUCUGGAGAGGACUGUUUCAGACGUGUCUCCCCAUGCCUCACAUCCACUAAUUAAAGAACACAAAAUACUUAAUCUCUGCUUGAUACAAUCAUAGAAUCACACAGGCAGAAAAUACAUCCCUGUAGCCCCGCUUAUCUGUGUACUGUGUUGUAUCAAAAUUAUCAUAAACACAUGUAAGCAUUGCAACGAAUUUGGGGGUAGAGUUGGACUCAAACUUGUUAUCUUGUGUUAGUGAGCCCAACAGCUUUAAACCAUAAUGCCAAGAGGUUCGAGCCUCUUGAUGAAGUUGCUGGUGUUUUGGGCUAUAAAGGACACCACAAUAGGUUCUGCAAAAACUGCAAUUAGCUGCUGAAAGAAAUCAUUAUGGGCCUAUUAGUUAGGCUCAAGUGUCAGUUUCCAUUUCUAAAGGUUAAUCAGAGGUCAGCUAACUUGUUUGUUCACACCCAACGAUCAGCUUUCCUCAAAAGCGUUUAGAAAUGAAUUCAUUAAAACAAAUAGUUUUAUCCCUAUUCUUAAAGCAGCUUUAUGGAAUUAAUUAGCGGCGAGGACAGACACUUUGAUCAACAAUGAGUCAUCGCCAUGGAGACACAGUGGCCGCAAACUGUGGGUGCUUCUGUUUUAUGGCUGAAUAGAUUUAAAUAGAUAGAAUAUUGUCUGCAGUUUCUCUCUGACUGGGAAGUAAAGUUCCUCUCUUAUUGCAAAGAGAUAACAGGGUCUCUGGAUUCUCAGUGAUUCUGUCGAGGACACCACCUUUGGCUGUGGUUUAGAAAUAGUGUGUAGCUAGCUGUGCAUGUAUCGGGUAAAGCCAUUAGGGGUUAGGCAAACACACACACACAACACACACACAACACACACACGUUGAGCCAGCAGGCUGUGAACAGUGAACAUGCUCUCUGUUAUCCUCUCAUUAAAAAAGAUGGAGUGAUUCUGACCUCCUCCCUCUGGAGCCUGAGGGACCACAAUGACUUUACUGCCUGAGAGAGACUUCACAACUAAAGGUCUGGGCUGAGAGAGACUUCACAACUAAAGGUCUGGGCUGAGAGAGACUUCACAACUAAAGGUCUGGGCUGAGAGAGACUUCACAACUAAAGGUCUGGGCUGAGUGUGUGGCCCAAAGGUAAAAGGCGAUGAUAGACAUAUUUUCUAGUUGUUUCGAUGCUGUUCUGCAACUCCAGAACAAUAUCUCCAGACUACAGGGGAACAGAGGACGAGACAAAAGGAGAAAGUUGUUGUUUACAUAGCUUCAAUCGUUGCUUGCCAGGGUUUAUACCAAUGCUAUAAGCCUACAGUGUUAAAGACACAAAGCUAGGAACAAGACAAGGCUAAUGCUGACCUUAGGAGAAGGCAGACUGAGGCAUAGCCUCACUGAAGGACUAAAUAAAAGCUCCUUCCGUCUCCAACACCCAUCGGCCCCACUGAACCUGCCUCGGUAGACCACAAUUCAGGCCAAAUCACCACAAACCCACGCAUGCACCUACCCUCCCUCCACAAAUCCAUCAAUUAUUGCCCUACUUCCAAUCCUCUCUGUCAAAGUAGUUUCUGUCUGCAUAUCUCUAUCCCUCCCUCCCACACACACGCACACACACAACACACACACACACACUCCUCCCAGCUCCAGGCACGGGCCGUUUAGUGCCGCUACGUCUGCACGAUGGUGCAGUCGAGUCGGAGAUCUCUCCAGAGAUGUGUGGGGCCAUAUGGAGAUGCAAUACUUUUCGAGGGCUCACAAUUUCUCAUACGGGGGAAGCGAAGGGCAGACGUGCUGCUGGUGAUGUGGGUUUAGGGGACUUCGAGAGGGAUAUGUGUCGUGAAGUCCUUGGGAUUUGCCUUGCAUGCCAGUUGAUGACAGAACUUGGAGAAGAAAGCUGUCAAAUAGAAUGAAGUUACUGAAAGUAGGCCUACUCAUUACAUACCCUGAGAAAAGUCUCUAUUGAGUAGAAACAUUAUGGGAUUUGGUCAUAACAUCCUUGUUGGUUAGGGCAGUUCUCAUUUUAUGACGUCUGUCCAAUUAGAACAAUUUAUAUUGCCUUGGGGAGGGAUCGUUUUCAUUGGGAGACCCAGAGACAGAGAGCACUUCAUUUUGACCAGUUCUAUCUGGGGGGAUAGCUGCUUUUAUGGAAUGUGGGGAAUAACGAGAAAAGGGAUUUCCACAGUCACUAAAGAAAUAGAACGGUGUAAAGUGUUGUUAGCACUUUGUCAGAGGGAUGGAGUGGCUAUGGGAUAGUGGAUAUGGGCUGUUAGAGAGCCAGCCAGCUAAAGUGGUUAUUUUACUCUAGCCAUUGAAGAAGUGUUUUUCUGUUCGACAGGUCAGAUACUCAACACUUGCAUCAGCGUAACACUAGUGUGCUGGAAGACAGAUUAGAUAAAUAUGAUUGGUUUGUGGAAAGUUUGGGUCAACUAUUGACACAUUUUAUUGGCAGCAUUGGAAGUUGCCAAUGGUGAUGUUAUGAGGCCAUGAGGCAAUCGGCCAAAGAGAGGGUAGUAAAGUACAGAGGAGAGAAUAAAUUGGUGAAAUAAAAUGUCAAAAGCAUAGAGAAGAAAGCUCUUUCACUAAUAAGGCUUUUAAACAGUAUGGGUUCAAGGAGUUGACAUGACAUCAGAAAUAUUACAGCACAUUUAAAGGCCCAGUGCAGGCAAAAAAACAGAUUUAUAUAUAUAUUUAUAUAUAUUUCUACACUAUGAGGUUGGAAUAAUACUGUGAAAUUGUGAAAAUUAUGACAAUGCCAUUUUAGUGUAAUUGCUGUUUGAAAAGACCGCCUGAAAUCUCAGCUUGUUUUGGUGGAAGGGAGUUUUGGCCUUCCAUGGUGACAUCACCAUGCGGACCAAUAAGAAGUUCCAAACCUCUCUGCUAAUAACAGAUCAUUUUCAGUUUUUCCCUCCCCACUCAAAACCACUCCCAGACAGUCCUAUAAAAAUUAUUGCUUGAGAAAUUGCUCUUUGCUAAGACAAUUUUAAUUGAAAACAAUCACAGUAAUGUACUUAAUUGUUACCCAGAAAUUAUUUAAUAUUGAGAUAAAAACAGCUGCAUUGGACCUUUAAAUGGCGUCCCAAGGCCUAAUAUACAGUAUGUGCAUUGAAAGUAGCCCAUGCAUUUGAUGACUCAGUAAGAUCAUGUCCUGAGGCCAUUAUUAACAUUAAUGUUAAAGCAUCUUUCCUCCCCCUCUCCUCUUCACAGACUUUACACCACAUUCACCCCCUCUCCCCAUCAUAUCCUCCCUCCUCCUCUACUCAGACACAUCCUUUUUUCUACUUGUCCUUCUACCAACCUUCUCUCUCCCUCUUUGCACUAACUCCCCCUCACCUCCAUCAAAAGUACUUUUCCACACUUUCCAUCUUAUAUUUCUCCCUAUUGCUAGAUAUUAUCAUUAUUGACACUCGCUCCCUCUCUGUUUCAGGUGGAUGUUCUGAAGGCAGACAUGGAGAGUGCGGAGUGGAAGAUUCUAGAGAACCUGGUUCUAGAAGGGGUUCUGAGCUCUGUGGGUCAGCUACUACUAGAAAUCCACCUCCACUGGGCGGGCUUCGAGGUGGGCGGAGACGACCCAUCCGUGGUGCGCUAUUGGUUCAGCCUACUGAAGGAGCUGGAGCAUGCUCACUUCCGCCUCUUCCGUUACCACAGCGACCCAGCAAAGCCCCGCCUCUUCCUGCACCGAAACAUUCUGAAUGCCAGCAGUACCUAUACACUGGGCUGGGUCAAUACUCAGUGGAGGCCC